AUGCAACACUACGUGAGGAAAUUGCUUGUUGACCCAUUGAGGUCUCCCAGCCAUGCUUUGACUGCAAGGGACUCUUCGAGGCUGUGGCGAAAGCAGUUCAUGAAUCAGUCGCAGAUUGCUUAUAUCCCAGGCCUUUAUUGCUUUCCAAUGGGGGGCCCGAGCGACGAGUGCUGGCAGACGUGGGGAUACUCGAAUUCAAGAUUGCAAUUAAGUGAUUUGAAAGAGAUAUUUCCUGCUUAUAUCGCUAAUGAGUCCUGGAAAUGCUUAGGCUUUACAGACAAGUGGGCCGCACGCGUGGCGUUUGCGGGCCUCCUGGUGGCCGCCCUCCACGCCGCGCCCCACACCGAGCGGAGGCGGUCGCGGUCCAUCCUGUCGGGCGGCUAUCUGCCCCCCCCGCGGGCGGAGGUGGGAGCGCGUGGGGCUUCGCGCGGGGGUGGAUACAGCGGCUCGGCGGGUGGAGGAGGCGGCUCUAAGUUCGGCGUAUCUGGAGGUUCCUUCGGGGGAGGAGGUGGAUCGUCUGGAGGAGGAUCCUUUGGUGGAAGAGGAGGAUCAGGUGGAGGAUACGGCGGCUCCUCAGGUGGAUCAUCUGGAGGAGGUUCCUUUGGUGGAAGAGGAGGCUCAGGUGGAGGAUGCGGCUCCUCAGGUGGAUCGUCUGGAGGAGGAGGAUCAGGUGGAUCAUCUGGAGGAGGUUCCUUUGGUGGAAGAGGAGGAUCAGGUGGAGGAUACGGCGGCUCCUCAGGUGGAUCGUCUGGAGGAGUUCCUUUGGUGGAAAAGGAGGAUCAGGAGGAUCAGGUGGAGGAUACGGCGGCUCCCCAGGGGGAUCGUCUGGAGGAGGAUCCUUUGGUGGAAGAGGAGGCUCUGGUGGAGGAUACGGCGGCUCCUCAGGUGGAUCGUCUGGAGGAGGUUCCUUUGGUGGAAGAGGAGGGUCUGGUGGGAGGAUACGGCGGCUCCUCAGGUGGAUCGUCUGGAGGAUGUUCCUUUGGUGGAAGAGGAGGCUCAGGUGGAGGAUACGGCGGCUCUCAGGUGGAUCGUCUGGAGGAGGUUCCUUUGGUGGAAGAGGAGGAUCAGGUGGAGGAUACGGCGGCUCCUCAGGUGGAUCGUCUGGAGGAGGUUCCUUUGGUGGAUUCUUCGGCGGUGGAUCGCCUGGAGGAAGCCGUUUGGGCGGCUUCGUCCCUUCCCGAACUGGUGGCUCUUCAGGAGGGGAAUCUUUCGGUGGAAAAGGAGGCUUCGGAAGUGGAAGGGGAUCCUUCGUUGGAAAUAGAGGAUCUGGUGGUGAAUAUGGUGGAUCCUCCGGUGGAAGAGGAGGAUCUGGAGGUGGAUCCUUUGGUGGAGGAUACAGUGGAUCAACAGGAGGAUCCUUCGGCGGAAGAGUAAGCACCGGUGGUGGAUCCUUCGGUGGAGGAGGUUCCGUUGGUGGAGGUUAUCUUCCACCCAGCAGAGGAUAAGGGCUUCCUCUUACUUUUACCUUAUUUAUCACUUACAGAAGCUUUGUUAUCAAUUCUGAAUGCUUUUAUAACUACUACA